AUGAAAAGGGAAAAGGAAAGGGCGAAAAAUAAGCCUUGUUUCUUGCUGAUAAGUGGACUACCUUCACAAAACCAGCCGAACUGCCGCAUAGGAAUUAAUAUGAUAUUAAACACCUUCAGUGAAGAUGCAUGA